AUGGGAAAGAAAGUCGAGUUGGCGAAGACAACAGUGGACACCACUUACACCCUCUGCUUCACGAGCGGAACAACCGGGCUGCCCAAGGCAGCCAGAAUGGACCACGACGGGAUGCUUCACAACCUGACCGUGUGUGCCAGUUACCCCUCCGUAAACAUCACUUGCGAAGACGUGCAUCUUUCGUAUUUGCCCCUCCCGCACUGCUUCGAAAGACUGAUCAUUCUCUACGUGCUCAGCCAGGGGGCUCAAACCGUGUUUUAUCGAGGUGAUACGCUAGCCCUGAUGGACGAUCUCAGGCUCGUGAAGCCGACCUUCUGGAUCAGUGUCCCCAGGCUCAUGAAUCGGCUAUACGACGGGCUGCAGAAGACACUCCUGCCCACGCCCGACGCCCCUGCGAAGGCCGCGCUAGACGCCAAGAUCGCCUUCAUCCAAUCGACCGCUCAGUAUGCCCACGCCUAACUGGACGAAAAGGUGUUUAACAAGACAAAGGCUUCCAUCGGCGGACGAGUCCGCUUUAUCAUCACCGGCAGCGCACCCAUCUCCGCGGAGGUCCUUGAAUUCUUGAAGGCGACUCUGUGCUGCCCGAUCAUCGAGGGGUACGGCCAGACCUAGUCCUACGCUGCCUCCUUCUUAACCACGAAGUAAGACUUCACUGCUGGUCAUGUUGGAGGAAUCACUAUGUGCAGUGAGUUCCGGCUGGAGGAUGUGCCUGACCUUGACUAUCUGACUACUGACAAGGACGAGUCAGGCCAGCCCCGUCCCCGAGGCGAGGUGUGCAUCAGAGGGGCUGUCAUCCGAGGCUACUUCAAAUAGCCUGAACGCACGAAAGAGGUCCUGGACGAAGAGGGUUGGCUCCACACGGGGGACAUCGGCAUGAUCAUGCCGAACGGGUCGCUGAAGCUGAUCGACCGCAAAAAGAAUAUCUUCAAGCUACAGCAGGGUGAAUACGUUGCGCCAGAGCGUGUGGAAAAUGUCUAUGUGCAGCACGGCAUCGCGGCUGAAGUUUUUGUGCAUGGUGAAUCUUUGCAGAGCUACUGCGUGGCGGUCUGUGUCAUGGAUGCUAAUCGGAUUGAAGCUCUGGGAAAGGCAGUGGGUAUGGCUGACAGCCCGGGUGAUGACUUGGAAGUCCGGCGGAAAGUCCUGUCUGAGCUGAACGCACACGCCCGAAAGGUCGGACUCAAUGGCUACGAGCUGGCAAAGAACCUGGUGAUUACCAAGGAGCCGUUCAUGCUGAGAGGAAUUCUGACCACCACGAUGAAGAUGCAGCGGCAUCUAGCGAAGAAGGUCUUCGAGAAGGAACUGGCAGGGAUGUACGCGGAAGGAAUGAUCAUUUGA